UGCGUCGCGCAAAGCAUGAGCGCACUGCGCACCCUGCGCAUCCUAAUUCCACCUGUUCCUUCUCCUCCUCCUCCUCCGUCGUUCUCGCCGUCGCCGUCGCGUUCGCCACGCGCAUUGUCACUCCCGAGCUCGAGAUCGGGGCUCACAACCCUGUUCUUCGCUCCACGGCGGUCGAGGGCGCAAGGUCCGGGGCCGAAUCGCGAGCCUGCCAUGUCGGAUUCGAACUCGAGCGUUGCUGCUGGUUUGGAUUGCAACGGCGCUGCUCAAUCGGUUCCGAUCGGCGCUGACUAUGCCGAAAUCGUCGUCGUCCGUCACGGUGAAACGGAGUGGAAUGCUGAUGGAAGGAUUCAGGGACAUCUGGAUGUCGAAUUAAAUGAAACUGGGAGGCAGCAAGCAACUGCAGUGGGUGAAAGGCUUUCCAGAGAAGGAAAAAUCUCUGCAAUUUACUCAUCCGACCUAAAACGAGCUUUUGAAACAGCAAAUUCGAUUGCAACUGCUUGUGGUGGACUGGAGGUUAUCGCGGAUCCAAAUCUUCGGGAAAGAAAUCUAGGGGAGCUUCAAGGACUUCAGCUACGUGCUGCAUCUAGUGUCUGUCCUCAAGCCUAUAAAGCCUUUCUGUCGCCCAAGACAGAUCAAGAAAUCCCGGGCGGUGGUGAAAGUAUUGAUCAGCUUUAUCAGCGCUGCACUACAUGCUUGCAAAACAUCAGUAUGAAGCAUAAAGGAGAGCAAGUAGUAGUGGUCACUCAUGGUGGUGUCAUCCGAUCGCUUCAUAGGCGGGCUUGCCCAAAAACGCGGUCUGGUGGGAAGGUGCUGAAUACUUCUGUCAACAUUUUCCACUUGUCUGAUGGGGACAAGUGGGUAUUAAAAUCUUGGGGCGAUGUUAGUCAUCUCAGGCAAACAGAAUAUCUUGAAACAGGGUUUGGUGGGGAUAGAUCUUCUGGUUAGAUCACCUAUGCUAAAUGCUGUUCCAGUAGCCCUACUAGUAAUGAGGUACGGUAAGACCAAAAUCAGUGGGGAGAAUCGAGAGGUAGCGUAUAUUGAUUCUUCUAACGACAGGCAUUAUUUAUCUUAAUGGCCCAGAAGAGUCCCACUCUAUGGUCACUCAACCGCAGUGUCCGGGUGCCCCAAUUGUUAGAAGUGCCCACAUAAAUUUAAAUUGCUUGACAUAGUCAAUUGUGUCCAGCCACUUACUCAACUCCUUUUAUUAAUUAUACAAAUCUGAUAAAUGCAUCAGUACCUUCAGGUAUUGGUAAUUAUGUCUGAUUAAUAUCAUUUGGCGGUUCUAUA